UUUCGAGGUGGCGGUAGAUUCAGCGAUCGAGGCGGGUCUAGGGGACGUGGUGCCUUCGGUGGUGGUCGGUUUAGCUAUGGCGGUGAGGGUGAUAGAGGUGGUUUUCGAGGUGGAGGCAGAGGUUUCAGAGGCGGCGGACGCGGUGGAGAUCGUGGAGCUAAGAGAGGUACACCUCGCGGGCACGGUGUUGCCCGUGGUGGAAUGCGAGGGGGAAAGAAAGUGUUUAUUGAACCUCAUCGUCAUGAGGGAAUAUUCGUUGCCAAAGGGAAGGAGGAUGCCCUUGUUACUCGCAAUCUGGUCACUGGAGAGUCGGUUUACGGAGAAAAACGCAUAAGUGUUGAUGAUGAGAAUGGCGCAAAGGUUGAGUAUCGAGUAUGGAAUCCUUUUCGUUCCAAGUUAGCGGCUGGUAUCAUCAAUGGUCUUGAACACAUUCACAUGCGUCCUGGAAGCCGUGUUCUUUAUUUGGGCGCUGCCAGCGGCACCACUGUCUCUCAUGUAUCCGAUUUGGUUGGCCCUAAAGGAGUUGUUUAUGCCAUCGAGUUCUCCCAUCGUUCCGGUCGGGAUUUACUUAACGUCGCGAAGCAUCGUACAAACAUUGUGCCUAUAAUCGAGGACGCUCGUCACCCGCAUAAGUACAGAAUGCUGGUUGGAAUGGUUGAUUGUAUUUUCGCCGAUGUCGCUCAGCCGGACCAGUCGCGCAUUGUUGCUGUCAAUGCGGAACACUUCUUAAAGAACGGUGGCUAUGCGGUGAUAUCUGUCAAGGCCUCUUGUAUUGACUCAGUAGCCGCACCCGAAGUCGUGUUUGCCAAAGAAGUCGAUGCUUUGCGGAAACAACAAUUUACUCCUCGGGAGCAAGUAACUUUGGAGCCUUACGAAAGAGGUCAUGCCAUGGUCACAGCUCAGUACAGGGUUCAAAAGAAAUCAUCAUGA